AGCAUGUGUGUUUUUGUGAAAUCUGUGUAUAGUAUGUGUGUAGAGACUUGAGGUCUGAAUGUGCGCGAAAAUAGGAAGUCAUUUCAAAAACAGACUAUAUUUAUGUAUAAAUAUAACUUUUCUCCAGUCACCGACUGCUCGGCAUCAGUGUAAUCUACACCCACACACUUAAAGAAAGAAAUAGGUCAGGAAUAGGCUUUUUGGUUGCUAGUUUGUUUGUUUUUUUUGGUGGUGUGUAUAGCUUUAAUGACUGUGGAGUGGUCAUAUCGAAGGGCAGGUGAUUUCCUAAGGUGAAAACGAAAGGUAAAUAUUAAUCAGGUAGGCUGCUGAUUAUAUCGCGGAAAAAACGAAAGGGAUUGCGCAUUUGAAGCUUUGAGGUUUCGUUUAACAGAAUCAUCAGAGGCUUAUGAUCACCGAGCUUUGGCUGGAAGGAUGGCAGAUAAUGUAAGAGGUGAAGCUGAUGGACUUAGUGACAUUUCAGCAUGUGAUGACUCUGUCACUGAAAUGACAGAAAAUAACAGACAUAACAUCAAAAAGAAGAAGAACAGCAUGAAAGCCUUGAAAAAAACUUUUCAAAGAGUUGGAGAGAUCAGUUCUUUGCCCUUGAAAAACAAAGAACCAAUUACCAAAUUAGAGAAGACAAAUAAUGGAAAUGACCUGGGUAAUUCCUCUGAAGAUCCCGUACAAUCUCCAACUUCACCAAAAGAACAGUUUACUAAACAGGAAUCUGGUAGGUGGAGAAUGCGCUUUGGAAGUAAAAAGGAAAACGCAUGCAAACAGGAGCUGGAGGUGUGCUCAGAGGUUAUGAUGUCAUCAGUAAUGGAGUCAGAGGUUACAGGAGAAACACCUGAAGCCUGGAAGUUAUACAUCCUUCCUGAGAUCCCCCAAGUCCCCUUAUCAGUAAUGCAGAUUAACAAUCUCAUUAAGAAUGAUCUCCUGGAAGAGGCGUAUCUCAACAUACUCUCUUUGCGGGAGGAGGUUCAACGUGAGCAUGAAGCACUUGGUGAAAAAUCGUUUCCGAUGGAACUGUUAAAUAAAAAGAAAGACUUGAAUCUACUCUACAACAACUUGAAAGAUAAACUUACUGAAAUUGUCCAGCAAUCUUCUGUCGAGCCAUCUUGCAAUAAAGAGCUACUAGUGCAGGUGGCUGGCAUUAUCGAAGAGGAGGAAAAAAGAGAAGUUGCAGGCCAGAAUUGUGGCUGGAGAGAGGUCUGGAGGACUGCAAUAGAGAGAGGACUGAUAGAGACACUCAAGAAGAUUCACCUGGACAGCCAUGACCAAAAUGUUUCCUGGUUGGCAGUACAUUUAGGACAAGUGGGAAAAGUGAUUGUUGAGCAGUUGAAGAAAGUAAAAGCUGAGCUUAUAAACUCUUACCCACCAAGCUUUAAUGUGUUUGAAACAUACGUUUCAACCUUUCAUAAAGUUGUUGGAGAACACCUAAAAGCGCUUCAGGGGAAAGUGACAGAAGCAAAGGAUUAUUACGCCCUUCUGAAUUUUAUUUUGAACCAGUACAACAGUGAGAAGAUUAUGGGAAGCGAUUCCUUGCAGCCAGAAUUGAGAGAGGAGCUGAAAACUCUUCAACUAGAGGCAGAUUUCCUAGAUAAGAUAAAGAAUGCAUAUUGUGAUCACUUACAGGCAGAUGUGAGAUCAUCUCUGGACAACAUACUUAAGCUGGAGCAUGAUGAAAUGUGGAAAGACGAAAAUAAACCACAAAUUAAUGAGGAACUUUACCUCUCUCACAUUCACAUGGACAUCUUGAUGAAUAUUCAAGGACCAAUCCAGGCAUCUAGUUUGCUUGAUAUGAACCUGGAGCACAGAGUUAUCUACUGCUGCCUCCAUGAGCUGAAGGAAUUUCCUAAAAGAUUUGAGUCAGCAUUUGUAGAAUGGAACAAAACUCUUCUGGAUCCUUCUCUAUGGGCUGAAUAUCACAUUACUUACAUCAACAGCUUCAUUGAUUUUAAUGAGCAAAUUGAGAGCUACAGACAGAAGUGCCCAAUUGAGGUAGAGCAGCUGGGCAAGGAGAUAAAUGGGCUGGUUAACAGACUGAGGCAAGCUCUUCUAGAGCAUUUCAAAACUGACACUAAGCCUCUUCUAAAGAUGAUGAUGACAAGGAAGUGGAUGACUUCUGAAGAAGACUUUCAAAAAUUAUAUAAGAGAAUUGAAACUCUGUCCCAACAAUGUAAACACAUGAGUCCCCAAUGUGUACAGGACUUUGUGAGUGAUGUGCAUUACUUUGUGGUGAAGGAGUAUAUAUCACAGUUGAUCAAGAAUAACUACUCAUGCAAAAACAGGAAGAGUGAAAAAGCUGCUGCCAAACUAGACAAGCAAUGGGGUGAACUCUGUGAGCUGUUCCAGGAAAUGAAUUCUGCUCAACACUGGCUCUAUCCAGUAGGAGGCCACCUGCAAAAGAUUAUUGAAGAGAAAAAGAGUGAAAUAAAGAACUGCCUAUCACCAUUGGUUGAUGAGUAUCCAGAUUUCAGCCAAAAGCAUCUCUCUGCAGUACUGUAUUUUCGUGGAAUAAAAUGGGGCAGGCAAAGACAGGUGAUCCUACAGAAGUUCUCUGACCUGCAGAAACAUGCCAGGAAUGCUGGGAGUACAAACCAUGCACUAUUCAAUAAUAUGGAGGUAGCUGCGAGCCAACACUGCCUAGUUAAUAUGCCUUUCUGUUCUUUCCUCUAGUUAUCUGCUAACAAAUUAGCCCUAGUAAUGUUUGCUGGUAUGCCAGUUGGAAAAAAAAAUUUGGCAUAUAUUUUCUAAGCUAAAAGCUAAUAAAGUAACCUCAGGGCUUUUAAACCCAAUGUGCUUUGAUAAACACAUAAACACAGUAGCAGCCAAAAGGGCCUGAUUUGCAUUAAAGCUGAAAUCAUGAGUUUAGAGCAUAUUCAGAUUUAUUAGGACAUAGACAGAGCUCGUUGAGAAAGAAUGUCUACUGACUUGGGAUAAUUGUAUAUGAAAUGUAUAAAAUAAAUAUUUGAUACAGGUUUAAAUAUUUGUGUUCAUCUAAAAUAAUUAUUAAAUUAAAUUAUUUUUAAAUGUGAAUUUUAGUAUUCAUGUACUUAAUUUUAUGUCUAAUAAUUGUGUCUAAAAUAAGAACAUCCUGCUGUAACAUCCAGUUACUUCCUUUCAAUUUUAUGAUGCGUUCAAUUCUAUGAUGUGUGUUUCUAAUUUAUUUUCCAAUCACGAUAAGGAUCCUGUGAUUACACAAUGUCUGUUGGUAAACAUAAUGAUACUGUGUUGUGUUCAAAAUUUGUAUUUCUUUAAAAAAACAGCCAGCAAUGUCAACAACAGGGAAAGAUAAAAACCAUCUUGGUAAACAACGGAAAUAAAACAGGAAAAGAGCAGGACUAACAGGACAACCUAAAUGAGAGCGAUCCACUGGGAUAGGACCCGGACAGAAUAGAAAUUGGAAGUAACAGACUAUAGUGGCAAUAUUUAAAAUAGCCCGUGGAUAUGAAUCAUAAGGUAUUCUGGAGUAGCUUGAAAUGGAUAUAGAGCUGAUGACAUUGACCACCCAUGUGUGACCUGACUGCAGGAAUAGUGGGGAAAUAUCUAGAAAUAUUUUAAAGCCUAAAAUAUUUUGUGUAAAUAUUGUUAUAAAAAAUAUUUGUUAGUAUGGUGUAAUGGCUGUAAAUCAUUGUUUAACCAUAUACUUUGUGUCUGUUCAUUUACACAGUUGAUAAUUUAACGUUUUUCUGUUUUUCUGCCCUCUCAUUUGUAAGAAGGAAGCUGUUUGUUUGAUGAAGUGGAACAUUUUUGGGUUUCACACAGUAUACAAGCACCUUCUGAAGCUAAAAUAAAAAAUGCAAUAUCCUUGUAUAUUCAUCUCCAUAUUGAAUUAAACGAGCAGACAACUGAAGAAUUAAGGCCUCUGUAAAGUCUAAUAAACUAAUGUGUCU